AUGUUUGAGGAGCAGGUGACAAAGGUCAAGAUCACAUCUGUGGUGAUCGUCGUCGGCAUGUCUGCGAUGCUGGCGGCAGUGGUGACAGAUCACUGGGCCGUCCUGAGUCCCAGGGUGGAGAAGCUCAACGCCACAUGUGAGGCGGCCCACUUUGGCCUCUGGAGGCUUUGCAAGAAGACCAUCUUCAUGAUGAAGGAAGACCCUCAGGGCAAAGGAUGUGGCCCCAUCAGCUUACCUGGAGCAAAAAACUGCUCCUACUUCAAACACUUCACAUCGGGAGAAGAAGCUGAGGUUUUUGAAGUGAAGACCCAAAAAGAGUACAAUAUCUCCGCUGCAGCCAUUGCUAUCUUCAGUCUGUUCUUCAUGAUUCUGGGCACUCUGUGUGUGAUCUUUUCUUUUGGAAAAGGACGAGACUACCUGCUCCGACCUGCUGGGAUGUUCUUUGCCUUUGCAGGCCUUUGCAUUAUCAUUUCCGUUGAAGUGAUGCGCCAGUCUGUCAAGCGAAUGAUCGAUAGCGAUGAGACCAUCUGGAUUGAAUACUAUUACUCCUGGUCCUUUACCUGUGCCUGCGCCUCCUUCACCCUCCUCAUCCUCAGUGGAGCUGCCCUUCUUCUUAUCUCAAUGCCCCACAUGCCUCGUAACCCCUGGGAAACCUGCAUGGACGCUGAGCCAGACACCUUGGAUUAGCCAUGGAUGAUUUUGCAGGAAUCAAUUGUAAACAGAGAUUAAAAAAUGAUGGUAGUGUAUCGUUUAACCCUUUAAUUAUGUAUAGCUCAAGUGAAAGACAUUAAGUUUGCUUAACAUGAGAAUUAACUUUUUUAUCUCUUCCUUUUUUUCUCUUUUUCAAAUAUUCCAAAAUUUAAUCUCCAUGGGGUUUGAAUUUAAAUUCAGAGUUUUGCAUCAUCAAUAUUUAUAGACUUUCAUUUUGACAGUGCUUUGCAAAAGUCUUCUUACCCAUUGAUCUGUCUGAUAUCUUGUUGUUUAAAAUUCACAAAUUUAGUCUAUUUUGGGGGGAUUCCAUGAGAUAACACCAACGCAAUGUAGCCGUUCUUUGAACUGUUAAAUUUUGGCUACCAUUUAAAAUAUACUGCAAAUCACCCUGAACUCACCAUGUCCAGCAUGAAACAUGGUGGUGCCAGCAUCAUGCUGUGGGGACGCUUUUCUUCUGCAAGAACAAACAGCUCCUCAUCCUGAAAGAUGAAUGGAGUUAAAUUCAGAACCAUUCUGGAAGAAAACCUGUCAGGAGCUGCAAAACGUUGAAAUAGGUUGACAGUCCAGUUCUUCCAGUAGAACAAUAACCCUUAAUAAUAUAUCAUAUUUAUAUGUGUGAAUGCUCGUGACCUAAAUUUAGUUGUGUCAUUGGAAAAGCCUCCUAUUUUGGCUUUCCAUUACCAGUUUGACUGUGGUUGAAAUUACUGAAGUUAUUUUGUGUCAGUCAUUUUCAUAGAAUCCCCCCAGAACACAAAGUGUGUGGAUGUAAUGUGAGUUAAUGCAAAAACGAUCACAGAGUGUGAGUACUUUUGUAAGGCACCGUAUUUUCAACAUAGGCAUUUUUACCAAACUGUUCUAAAACUAUACCUUUAAGUUUCAGUUAAGGCUGUAAAAUGCUAUCGCUAUGAUAUGUAGUAUAGGAAAAUUAAACUGUUUUGUUUGUCCUUCCACUGCAAAUGACGCUUCAGUUCACCUGCAAAUAAUACUGUCACCAUUAGUUAAAGACCUCAUUUAGACAAACUCCUUUUAUCCAGUUGUUUCACGUGUUGUUAGUCACCUGUGCCUAAUGUGUUUCCAUGAGUCGGUGUGGCCCAGCAGACAUUCAGCUAAUGCAGGUGCAAUGAAAUUAAAGACCCCUAAAGGAUGCCAUUUCACAGGGAAAAAAAAAAUCCAUUUUACCGCUGUAAUCAGAACAAACCUGUUAUCAUAGUUAACACAGUGGGACAUCAUUACAUGGACUUUGAAAAACAAAACAAUUAAAGCACACUGUGCAUGUCUCUUCUCCGCAUAGCAGAUCUAAUAAAUCUAUCUCAGUAAAUAGAUUUAUUAGAGUUAAAGUAGAUCUCUAUGUGUUAAUGUCAUCUAGUAAGAAUAUGAGUGGCUACAACUGAGUGGUGAUGUAAAACAAAACAUGUUUUUUAUCUGACGUUUCAUGACAGCACGUCUAAUGUAAUGUUAUUCAUGUAUAAUUUGUAUUAUCAUUUUUACACAAUAUUAAUAUUUGUCUUUUUCACAAGAAUAAAUUAAAAUAUUUAAAUCCCCCAAAUGUUUGCAUUUUCACUUGAGGUUUUGUCUCUUCUGUCACUUUAACUUCUGAGUUAAAUCAGAAAAUUAUGUAAAGGGUAGGAUUAUGAGAGCAUAAAUAAUUAUGGAGUGAUAAACCCAUAAACCAGCACAGAAUUUAUUUCUUAUUUUAUUUAAAUUUCUUCUUGGCAUUUCAGGUAAACCAAAUAGAGAAGCAGCAAGUGAAAUUUCUAUAUGUAACUCUUCCCGCAGAAAGGACUCACAAGUUAAAAUACAUGCAUAUAAUAAUAACCUACCUAUUACUACAAAACAUAUCCAGUAAUAAGAAAAAAAAAGCUUAUGCUUCCUAUGGUACACUUUUAAAUCCUGGAACUUUGUCAGUAUUUUGUUUUAUGACUUUUGCUGAAAUAUUACACCUGCUUUCAUAGCAUCCAGAAAAUUAGGUUUGUACAUUUUUAAAGCUCAGUUUUUUGCUUUGGCAGUAUCAAGUUAACUCCUGGAACGUGUCAGAACUGUGAUUUCUGCACCUGGCUUCACUGCAUAUGUUUUACAGGGUUUUUUUGUGUUUUUUUCCACAGUGAAAAAAGUUGGAUUGGGCAUUAUUUCACUGAGUUUGUUUUAGUGAGGUUUAGGGAACCAACGGUGCAACAUUAACAUAGAAAAGCAUAUUUGAAGGUUUGCACUUGUCAUGGCUUUGAUAGUGGAGGAUUUAUAGGUGUUGUACAACAGCAGAGGAGAGUGUGUGAAAGAAAACUUUCCACUUUGGCACAAAUAUAAUUUUGCAUACCAAAGGAAAAUAUGAAUCACAACUUAAAGACCUUUUCUUAGAAAGGGUAUCAACUUCCCAGCAGGUAUCUCCCGUCUUUGUAUACCAGUUUAUUUGUUAUAUUUUAAUUUGAUUUAUCGUCUUACUUAACUUUAUUUUAAUUAAAACAUAAGAAUCUCUUUAGCUGAAAUGUCAUGAUCCUACAUUCUAUUUUUGUCCCAGAGUACAGAAGAACAUUGACAUAUGAUUUCCCAUAAGCCAGUGCUGAAACUGGUAGCAAAGUACACCAAUAUUGGAAGGUUAUGAUUUCUGAACAGCUAAAUAUUUUCAUCCUGUUUCAGCUGGGUUUGGGACAGAGUAAUGCAGUCCUCCACCUUCCCCACCUAUUGCUGCAGCUUCUAGCCAGCUUGCUGAAAGAAGACUACUAUAAAUCGCAUUUACUUAGACUAAAAGUAAC